CAAUGAUCGUUCAGGGUUUGGAGGGAAACAGCAUAAGCGUGGGCCAACGUCGCAUAGCAACGAUUAUCACGGAUCGCUGACUGCAAAUCAUUCUUGCAUAGCCUCCAUCGUCCUUAGCUGCAUGUUCUCCAUCUCUGCGUGCUUCAUGAUUCUCAUUUCCUGGACGAGAAUUCCAUCUCGGUUGAACGACAGCCAUGCCUCCCGAUCAACAUGACCAAGACGGCAACGACACCGCCCCUUUGCUAGGCAGCAAGACUGCCCAACCCGUCGAGCAAGCGACCGACGCGGCGGCCGAGGAGGCCCAGCGCCAACAAGCAGAGGGCUAUGGCACGCUCACAUCCAACGAGCCGGCCUCCAGCGCCGAUACCGAUGCCUUGGAGCGACAGGACAGUCUCCAGGCGCGAGAGGCUCAAAUAGAAGGGAUGGCCGAGGUGCGCAAGCGCUUCGCCUACAUCUUUCCCGCUGUCGCCAUCGGCGUCUAUCUCGGCGCCGCGGACCAGACCAUAAUCGUUUCUACGUACGGCAAGAUCGGGACGGACCUGGAUGCGCUGAACUUGACAUCUUGGAUAGCCACGGCCUACUUCCUCACCACCACGAGCUUUCAGCCCCUUUACGGGAAGCUUUCUGAUAUAUUUGGCCGAAAAUCAUGUCUUCUCAUUGCGUACCUCAUCUUCGGCCUCGGGUGUGUGUUGUGCGGCCUCGCGCAGAACAUGGGCCAACUCAUCGCCGCUCGCGCCCUGGCGGGUAUCGGAGGCGGCGGCAUGCCCGUUGUCCUCUCCAUCCUGCUCUCCGAUAUCAUCCCUCUGAGAGAGCGAGGCACUUGGCAAGGAUAUAUCAAUAUCGUUUUUGCCCUUGGAUCGGGUUCCGGAGCGCCGCUGGGGGGAAUCUUGGCCGACUCCAUCGGCUGGAGAUGGGCCUUUCUGGCCCAAGGCCCGCUAUGCCUCAUCGCCUUCCUCGCAGUCUUAUUCACCCUACACAUUCCCAGGAAAGAUGACACGGAUUGGAAAGAGAAGCUCCGCAGAGUCGAUUUUCUCGGCGCCGUCUUCCUCAUCGGCGCCGUCUUCACACUCCUCCUAGCGCUGGACCGCGGGGGCAACGUCGGCUGGAAAGCGACCAUCACCCUCGCCAACCUCGGCGCCUCCAUCUUGCUCUUCCUCAUCUUUUUCUACGUGGAACGAAAGGUCGCCAAGGAACCCUUUGCACCCGGCCGAAUCAUCUUCAACCGCAACCUCGUCGCCUGCUACACCUGCUACUUCUUCAGCAACGCCGCCUACCUCGCCACCCUCUUCUACAUCCCCUUGUAUCUGCAAGCCGUGCAGGACCUCUCGGCCGCCGCGGCGGGCUACCGCCUAAUCCCCGGCAUCGUCGGCUCCGUGAGCGGCAGUCUGUUCGGCGGCUUCUACAUCAAGAAAACCGGCAAACUCUACUGGGUGACGCUGACAUGCUUCAUCGUCAACUUCAUCGCGAUGAUCGCCAUCGACCUCGUCACAGGGCUAGUAAUAAGCAGCAUCCCCCUCCUAAUCGUAAGCCUCACAAUCCUAGGCUUCACAAUAGGCCUAACAGUCACCACCCUCCUCAUCUCCAUCAUCUCCACCGCCCCGCCCGCAGACCAAGCAAUCGCCACAGCCUGCAGCUACCUCUUCCGCAGCCUAGGCGCAGUCUUCGGCAUCUCCCUCUCCGCCACAGCCGCCAACCAGGCUCUGCGCAACGCGCUGGCCGCCAGCCUCCCACAGCUAGGCCUGAAGCCGGCCCGCGCGCUGGAAAUCGCGGAGCGCGUGCGGUUGAGUCUGGAGUACUUGAAGGUGCUGGAGCCGAGGGUGCGCCAGGUGGUGGUGGAGUGCUAUGCGCAGAGUUCGCGGGUGGCGUUCUGGGUGCAGACGGGGUUGUUGGUUGGGGCGGUGGUGGGGGGGUGGUUUGUGAAGGAGAAGGCGUUGAGUGCUUGAGAUUGGCGUUGAUAGAUGGAAAGGCGGAUCUAAAGAGCCUUGAGGGAGAUAAAAGGGUGUUGCAGAAUUCGCAAAGCGAAUGGCGUCGGUUCAUUUCGAUACCUAUAUACAAAUCUGCCCUACGCUCAGGGCCCGGCGGGGUGGAUGUGUGUUCAUAUGUAC